AUGGGCAAGAAAAACUCCAAGCUAAAGCAGGAGACCAUCGACAGGCUCACCACGGCGACUUACUUUACAGAAAAAGAAAUUCGACAAUGGCACAAGGGUUUCCUGAAGGACUGCCCCAACGGACUUCUCACAGAACAGGGGUUCAUCAAAAUAUACAAACAGUUUUUUCCACAAGGAGAUCCCUCCAAAUUUGCCUCACUAGUUUUUAGGGUAUUCGACGAAAAUAACGAUGGUUCCAUAGAAUUCGAGGAGUUCAUCCGAGCACUGUCAGUAACGUCCAGAGGAAACCUGGAUGAGAAAUUGCAUUGGGCAUUCAGACUAUAUGACGUCGACAACGAUGGUUUUAUAACAAGAGAUGAAAUGUAUAAUAUAGUGGACGCCAUUUACCAAAUGGUGGGUCAGCAACCGUCCGAAGACGAGAACAACACCCCCCAGAAGAGGGUCGACAAGAUCUUCGACCAGAUGGACAAGAACCACGACGACCGCCUGACCCUGGAGGAGUUCCGGGAGGGCAGCAAAGCCGAUCCCAGGAUUGUCCAGGCCCUGACGUUAGGACCGGAAUAGCAUAAGGAAGAGGGGAUCACACCCGAGAAGCUCUGACGUAAUAAAGGGACGCAAUCCUUACUUCAGGGGGUGGGACUCCGAAGCGAAACGCCAAAAUUACUUACAUCUCUAUUGUGAUAGCGUGUGGGACGGCCCUCAGCACGACACUGCUUUGGUUGUUUGUGGGGAAUGCUGAUUUUAUGAUUUUUUUUGUUGGAAUUUGCGGUGUUCUUGAGGCUGUUCGAUUGCCGAAUAUUAUUUUAAGCGUUGCCAAUGUUGCCGUAAGCGAGAAUAUAAAAAGCAAUAUAUUUUUUUAUUUAGGCUUUGUUAACUGUUUUGGUUCGUGCUAGCUUUCUGCCCAAAUGUCAGAAAAAGUGUUCAUAGCAACUCUGAAGAUAAUGCUAAAUGUAUAAGCACUUCAUCAAAUGAGUUUCACAAAGAUUAAGGGGGUAAGGUUUAAUAAAAAAGGUACCAUAAUUGAUUUCACUAAACAUAAACUAAAUGAGGA